GCGGCGUGCGGGACUUCGUUUCUUGCGCCUUAUUUCCUUUCCCCAUGGCGGAGCACGGAGAGGAGGACCUGGCCGUCGCGGCCGCCAAGAUUCUGCUCAGCCUCCGGAGCAGGACGCUCGUGCGGUGGCCGGAGUGGAUCGCCCGGCCGUCCGACGGUCUCCAGCGGCCACAGGAGGAGGAGGGGGAGGCCGAGCUGCCGCCGAUCCCGGAGGGAUGGCCGAAGCGGCCGCGGUCGCGGUCGCGGCUCCGUGCGCGGGCGGAAGGAACCGCGUCGCUGCUGUCGCAGAAGAGCCCCUUGGCGCGGCCGGGGCGCCCCGUUCUCGGCGGAUCCGGCGCGUGCUCCGGCGAGGAGGAGGAGAGGGCGUGGUCUGCCCCGAAGGCGAAGCCCGCGUCUUUGACCGGGCGGAGGCCGGAGGUGCGGCCGCAGUACGGCUCGGCCUCGGCAGCCGGAUCCGGCCCUUCCACCAGCGGCGCCGACCGGGCGCGGUCGCGGCGACGGGCGCGCGUGAGCGAGAAGGCGACUGCCGGCAGGGCGGAGUCGAGCCCGGAGACGCCUUUUGACUUCGCCAACGCCGCCGGAUCGGGAGCGUCCUCGAGCGGCAACGAAGCCGCGCGGCCGACGGCGGAGCUGGGGUCAGACGGAAGGCCGUCGGAUAGCCACGAGGGGCACGACUCGCCGGCGAAGCGCUCGCGGACGGACCUCGCCGCCGGCGAAGCUACGGCGACCGCGGCAAAAGUGGAGGAGCAGAAGACCAAGGAGGAUUACCGGGACGAGAAGGGCCACCUGCUGUUCGACCUCAACGAAGCUUGGGGUGGUAACUAACACUAGCAGGCGAUCGAGCAGAGGAUUUUUCAAGCUAGUUCCUAUUUCGUCUGCUCUCAUGUGUACAUACAAUUAGCUUAGACAAAGGGGGAUUAGUGAGUGAGUACACUCGUCAGCACUACUAGAUUUGUCAGGUUGGUUUAAUCAGUCUGCUCUGUUCGCCUCUGCUGUGCUGUGCUAUAUGCACUGGAUAUUGUUUGUCAUUCAGAAAGUCGAUCAAGAAAAAUAUGAUGCACAUUAUGUAUUGCAGCGCACAACAAAACACAACGCUGA